UGCAUUGCGCCUUCCUGCGCACAAGCGAUUGACUGGGUACGCUUGUUUACGGGAGGCGGUAGCGUGCUGCCGGUAUGGAUCUGUUUUAGUUCUACUUGUGAGAAAUAAAGCCUUGACGAUGCCUAUGAAGGGGAGGUUUCCGAUAAGGAGGACGAUCGAAUACCUCCAGAAGUCGGACAUCUUCUUCAAAAAUACUGUGAAGAUCAUGACUGUCAACUACAACACGCAUGGAGAACUGAGCGAGGGCGCAAGAAAGUUUGUCUUCUUCAAUGUUCCUCAAAUUCAGUACAAGAACCCCUGGGUACAAGUCGUCAUGUUCAAGAACAUAACGCCUUCACCAUUCCUGAGGUUUUAUCUGGAUGAUGGUAGUCAGGUCUUGGUGGACACAGAAGGGAAGACUAACAAAGAAAUCUUGCAGCACGUCAAAAAAAUCCUCGGAAAACCUGAAGAGGUGCUCCACGCUGAAGAAUUAGCUAAAAUGGUUCAUUCAAACCCUGCAAACUUUGGGCCAAAGAAGUAUUUCCCACGGGAAUGCAUGUGCGAAGUGGAAGGGCAGGUACCCUGUCCCGGACUGAUUCCUUUACCAAAGGAGAUGAGGGGCAAGUACAAAAUGCAGGCUGAAGCCGAAGACGCCUGAUGGCGUUUAGUCAAGGCUAGAAAUCUGCAAAACAUUCACACGGACGUUUGAUUUUUUUUGUUUUCAAUACAUAAUAAAGUGGCUGCCUCUGGUUGCACACCAAGAAGAAACGGUUUGCUUUGUAAUUCAGCCUUCCACUUUUUAUUCAAUGGAACCAAUUAUGAUCAGGUAUGUGGCUCACAUAUAAAAUAAUCUGUGUUCAGUUUUAUUUACGGCCACCUUUUUUCUUCUUCAAAGUGCAUUAUAUAACCGGCCACACUUUCAAACAAUGUGUUCUUUUUAGUAAACAAGCAGGUGUUUAAAUAUUAGUGCAUACUGUUUGUGACUUGAUAGACGUCACGGCUUCUUUAGAUUUAGCCUUGUCAGAAGUAUUGUUCAUUGUUAACAGAUGAUCACCAUCUUGAAAACGUGAAUGCCCUUCAAACAAAAGAGGAAAAACUAAUGGCGGUCAAGUAGAAUACACACUUGACCUUUUUUUAAACUAUGAUUUGACCCUUUUAAUCAUGAGUGCCUACCCUUUGAAAACAGUGGGCGCCCGUCGUUGAAUGUGUGUAAUCCAAUUUGGAGUCAUAGAUGCAUUACGUUGUAUUCAGAAUUUACUUGGGCCACUCGGUUGUUGUCCUGUGGAAUCUUGCCGUUUUCUCCCUAAUCUUGGAAUGAGAGAUUGCUUUUGCCGUGUUUGAGCAGUGGCUGCACGAGCCAACAGCGGACAGGACGUCGAUUCAUCAAAAGGCGUCCAGUCACUUGCACUGGGCCAGAUGGGAUGUGGCACAACAUGUGGAAGGAACUGUGGGCUUUCCAGAGGAAACCUACUCCAUCAUGCGGAGAACAUGCAAAGUCCACCCAGGCAGCGUGAAUGCAGUGCCACAUGCUAAACCAUUUUGUUAUUUAUCUGGUUUAACAUGACACUGUAUCGUACAUUCUGAGGGCUUUUUAUUUUUUUAGUACAGAAAAUAAAAUGUGAUGUCUUAACAAUAAAGUGCUUGUCGUA